CGCUGAACGUACUAUUAAUUUGAAUGGCCUAAAUGUACUUGAUGGAUUUUGUUGAUCGACUAGUUUUUGUGAUGAGGAAUCCGGAAGUGACGUCAUCUUCCUUUUUAAUCCUGCCAUCUUGGAGACAAAAAUUGUGUUGAUUUGAUCGCACAAAUCUGUAAACAUCCAUCUAAGAUGAUUAUUUUUAAGGAUAUUUUGACCGGUUGCGAACUUGCAACAGAUGCCUCUAACCCUGUGCUUGUAGAUGACCUUGUAUAUGAAUUCAAAGCAAAGUAUGUCACACGUUCAGAUACCGUAGAUGACUCCAUGAUCGGUGGCAAUAAGUCAGCUGAGGAUGGUGCAGACGAAGAUGCUGAUGGUAGUGUAUCAAAAAGUGGAUAUGAUGUUGCUAUCGAUAACAUGUUGGAAGAAUAUCCCAUCACAGAUAAGAAAGUGUACGGGUCAGAAGUAAAGAAAUACAUGAAAAGAUUACAAGCAAAGCUUUCAGAGACAAACCCAGAACGUUGUAAAAUAUUCGAAGAAAAAAUUAAACCUUACAUGAGCAACCUAUUGAAAAGGUUUAAAAAGCUUCAAUUCUAUGUGCAUUCAGAUGCUAUUCCCAAAAGUGAUGAUGGAUUCCCGGGCAUGAUUGUAAUUCUUGAGUUCAGAGAAAAUGAACAAGGAGAAGAAACAUACGUAUUCCAAUUUUUCAAAGAUGGACUUCUUGAAGAGAAAUGUUAAAAGUCAAGCAAAUUCAACAUAGAAACUCUGCUCAUCGUCGCCAUAACAACGCCAUUCAGUUUCAUAGAGACAUAUUUACAACAAGAAAACAAACAAAAUCUUAGCCCUGUCUAUGACUCUCACUACUUCAGUCAGCAGCUCUGGUAUUAUUUAUUGAACAAUUGAUCAUCGCUGUAACAACACUAUCUACAGUUGCCAUGGAG